AUAAUGCUUCUUUGAGCUGGAUGAGUUGCGUGGUUUUGCGCAGUAAUCUGGAUAUACGUGUGUGCUUCGUGAUGGUCACACAGUAGACAUCGACAGUUGGAGUCAGUUGGAAGUCGACUUGGAAGGAGAGUAAGCCGGAAAAUAAAGUUUUUGAUCGUGCGCGCGUGGAUUCGAUAAGGCAAAACUACUUUUCGUGUAUUAUUUUAUGGGUCGCGACUCAACACCGAUGUAAAUUCCCCAGGAAUCCCCAUUCCCAUUAGGAAAAAAAUCGCGUGACGGAUGAAUUCUUAAUCAAUCUAAGAUAGUCGCGUCUCUUCACCAAUUCAUCUUAAAGUAGAAAACAUUCUUGGAAUUAAGAAGUGUCAAACAUAAAAAGUGAAUAUGGAAACUAUCAUGCAUCUCAAGGAAGCAUUGUCCUUCGGGGACUUGAACAUGUGUCGUUUGUGUCUGUCGCCUGAUGUGGCUUCGGAAUCACUAACGCAGGACGAAUCGGGCCAAUAUCUUAUACAGAAAAUCUUCGAUUGCACAAGCGUUCAGAUUAUGCCAUUAACAGGCAUUGCUUCGGUCUUGUGUACCGACUGCAAAACACGCGUGGAAGAUUUUUAUCUCUUUCGUUUCCAGUGUAUUAAAAACAACCAAGUUCUGAACGAAUUUGCUGCAGAAUUGAGCAAAUCGCCAUUAGUCAAAUCAGAAUCCCAAAUUGUGGAGCUUCCGCUCGAGCCUGUGCCACAAACUGAUGGUCCAAUAUUUAUUUCACUAAACGAGGAUCCCCCAACACAUGAAGUUGAUAACAUCAACUUGGAUCAUACAUAUAGUGCAAAAGAAACAAACAUACCGGACGAGGUUGAGGGCAAUGAUGGUUUUGAUCUGCCGGAAGUGAAGUUGGAACCCGAUGACGAACUUUCAUCCGAGACUCUUAAAGAAGGGGAUCCUCUUCAAACGGCACUUAAACAGCCGACUAAAACAGAAACACAUGAGGAUAUUACAAUGAACAGCAUUGAAGAAAGCAAUCAGUGUCCAAACUCUCCUGGUCCGAGCACAGUUCGAGUACCGCCCGAAGCCGAUGCACAGUUAUUGCCAAAGCCGAAGAAACGUGCUCACAUCGGUAAACCGCCUUUUGUAUGCAAAACCUGCAACAAAGAGUUCAAAACGCGGGAUAAAUUUACCCAACAUACAAAAACUCACAAUAAGGACGAGCAGCACCAAUGCCCUCACUGUACCGUAAGUUUUGUGGCUCGUCAGCGUUUACUUAUCCACCUUCGUUAUCACACCGGUGAAAGACCUUUUAAGUGUCAAGUCUGCCACAAAGCGUUUGUUUCGCAACCAAUCCUAAACAGCCACAGCAAAAUUCAUAACGAGGAUCAACAAUACCAAUGUCCUCACUGUCCCGCAAAGUUCGCGAGUAAAUCGAGAGUACCGAUUCACAUCCGCACGAAUCAUACCGGCGAAAAGCCGUUUAUUUGUAAAGUCUGCAACAAAGCAUAUGCUGCCUCAUUCCAGCUAACUCAUCACAUGCACAUUCAUAGCGAAAACCAGCGGUUUCUUUGUCAUUGCUGUUCCGCCAAAUUUAACUAUGCGUCAAGCCUGAAAGGUCACCUUCGUAGUGCUCACCCCGGUGAAAUCCCCAGCAAGAUUUUUGAAUGCAAAGUUUGCAACAAAUGUUUCAAAUCAUCGGCCAGCUUGCUGUUACAUAGAAAAAUUCACACCAAUGAUAGACGGUAUCAUUGUUCUCAUUGUCCCGCUAAAUUCUACAACUCAUCUUCCCUCAAAAUACACAUACGCUGUCACACAGGUGAAAGGCCUUUUGUGUGUAAAGUUUGUGACAAAGCGUUCUAUACACCCGCCCAUCUGAGAGGGCAUGCUAAAACUCACAACAAGGAUGAACAGCAUCAAUGUAGAUACUGUCUUGCUAGGUUCGAUGAGGAGAAACAGCUUCAGGAUCACAUUCUUACGCACGGCGGCGAAACUGCGUUCAUUUGCAAAAUAUGUUCUGCCAAAUUCUCCCAUGCGAAAGCGCUCAAAAGCCACAUCCGUCGAGCCCACGGCGCCGAAGAAUUACCUAGGAAAACUGUAGAGUGCAACAUAUGCCACAAAGUUUUGAGUGCACAAAGCAUAGCCAGACAUAAGAAAUCUCACCAACCUCUCAAAUCGACCAAGCAUUUAGAAUGCAACAUAUGCCACAAAGUCUUAGGUGCACUAAGUAGCCUACAUAGACACAAAAAGACUCACCAACCCAAGUUAGAGGAGGACAAAAAGUAUCCGUGUACUCAAUGUCCCGCUAAGUUUUACGAAUCAGGUGCUCUUCAAAGGCAUAUCCGUCAUCACACCGGAGAACGUCCUUAUAAGUGUAAAAUAUGCGGCAAAGCGUUUCAUACAUCAACGAAUCUGAAAACGCAUGGUAAAACCCACAGCAAGGGCCAGCAGUAUCAAUGUAGCCACUGUCCUGCUAUGUUCGCUCAGUCCUCGCUGCUUAAAGCCCACAUGGCCAGUCACACUGGCGACACGUCUUCUGUUUAAUAGUAUUUCAUGCAGUCCUUGGCAAUGUCCAAUAAUCCAAAUAAAUUACUUCCCAAUCAAAGGAAAUUUAAACGUAGGAAUCAAUCAACUGAUAAUCCUGAAGUUGCUAGGGUAUCCUGUCGAAAAGAGGUCUCCAAAUUGAUUAAAUAUCGAGUAUAAAAAUAGGCCAGAUUCGUGAAAUAAAUAAAUUACUAGAGGCCAACUCUCUGAAUCCGAUUCGGCAAGCGAUCAAUGAAGAUAGUGUAACAAAAAUUUAAAAUACAAAAAUAAUUAAUUGGCCAAAACUAACGACUGUUAUAGUGCUAAAAUGAACUCUGAUAAGACUGCUUCAAAUGCAAAAAUACCU